GAUCCCGCUAUACUAAUUGAGCGAUCGCACACUUUAUUCAGCUAUCUUCGGAAAAGUAUCUUGGUCAUAUUUACUUAUCUAUUUGUAACUGAACUUCCCUCUGGUUUUCUCCGCUGUCGAAUCCCAAGGCGUCAGCCUCUUGUCUUACCCCCGUCACGUCGCACCCAAGUUACAAUGAGUUAGGAACAUAAGACAAGUAUAAAAUCAGCUACUGGUCCAGCGAAGAAGGAAGUGUGUAAGUGCUUGAGAGAGAGAGUUGCGUGUGUGAAUGACGAGCAAGCGAGAAAUUGAAUAUUGAGAAGAUGGCCUCGAGUGGGUUUCAUGCAACUGUCCUCCACCGCGUAAACGACGAUAAUCAUAGCGACGACGGUAGAGACGGUAGAGACGGCAAUUCGAGUGGCGUUACUCCUACAUCGCAACUAGGAUCACUGUCAAGACCUAGAAUAGGGUCUAGCAAUAUUAACAAUAAUACCGGUACGGGGAUUGGGAUUGGAAUGGGAAUGGGGAUGGGGAUGGAGAUGACAUAUUCAGAUACGCUAGGACCACGUUUCUCCAAUUCUACCAAUUCCACCGGCAAAGACAACGCGAAUGACCUGAACCUUGACGCCAAUACUAACUCCAAUCCCGCAGCCGCAGCCCAGGCUCAAGCGCAAGUACCAACCCACGUAAACCAAGCCGUUCGCGGUCACGGCCACACCCACACCCACACCCACAAUGGGCACACAGGUGCCGGUUCAAGCAGCAGUACCAGCAACAAUAGGAAUAGCAAUAACACCUCUCCGACUGUUACGGCUUCGACGAAACCACUAGACUUUCGUCAGCCCGCCGCCACUACUAUUACUACUACCACUACUACUACUACAACCAACAAUCAUAAUCCCACCACCACCUCUUCUUCCUCAUUCCUCCAUUCUCCAUCGCCAAAAAUCAACUUGUCUGUCGCAUCCAUCACGACUCCUGCAUCGCCUACAUCGAGAUCGACGACGCGACCGCCACCCGCUACAAUCACUUCCCUUGCGCAUCCCUAUAGUAACGCGUCGCAUCAAUUAUCAACUUCUUCAUCGACACUAUUGGCGCCUUCGUCUUCCUUACCUCCUCUGGCUCCUCCGCCGGGAGCCUUGAGUUCAAUUAUGGCAUCAUCAUCUGCCAUGUCGUCUACGAAUGGUGCAAGUGCAUCGCCGCUGCAGCCUCCUAAGACUUCAGGCCAUCUCUCGCCGCCUGAUUACCAUCAACCGUCCAGAGAAAAAGCAUCAGGGAGUUUUUACGACCCGCUUACUGAUACAACCAGGGAGAGGAGAGUUUCCGACAACUGGUCCAAGCAGGUAAGCUUUAAAAAAAAAUAUUCUACAUUCCCACCAUCCAUACCCGAGCACAACUUUAGAGCUUUUUAUUUUUUUUCAUUUUUUUAUAAAAAAACAUUUUACGUGAUGUUGGCCGAAUGUGUCUUAACACGUUUUAAUACCACAAAAUCAUAAAUAUGAGUUAUUAGCAACUCAGACCUUUUCUUAUAAUCAUAUUCAAUCCCAAAGUACCUCCUACAUAAGUUUGCUUAGUGGCAGUGCGAACAUCCAACACGUUUUGUUCGGUGUUCGCCCCGGGACAAGGAACAUCAUCAAUCAAUUUUUUUUUAUUGCAACCAAUCUGCCAUUAGAAAUCAUCAUCAACAUUCCAACUCCUUGACUAACCUUGGUCACUUUCAGCGAUCUGACCCGUAUGAUUUCUCGCAGUCCAAGAGCGAAUAUUAC